UCAAAUCUUUCAAAUAAAGACGAUGAUGCUUCUCUGAGAAUACACGCAGGAAUAGGAAUAAAAGAAGAAGAUUCGAAGAUUGACGUUGACGUUGACAAGAAUUCGACAGUAUUUACAGUCUUGUUUAGUUAUAAUUUAUAUUUUUGAGUAUUUUAAUGUAAUAAACAGAACAUGUAAGAAGUGAAUAAUGUGAUUAAGUAAAAGAACGAUGGUUUUUCAUCGCCAUACAUAAAUUAUGGGCGACCACCAGUGGUACUAUGACAACUUAAACUAUCCUCCACCUACACAAGCUCAAUACAAUCCCCACAUUCCACCCCAAUCUAGCCACUCUUAUACGCAGUGGUCUCAAUCGCAACAGACAUCUACGAACGUCUACAGUUAUCCUCCAGUUCCUUCGUACCCUCCUCCUCCAAUUCCUGCAUCUUAUAUACCAUCAUCUUCUGGAGUCACCCAACAACAACACUUCGACUACAGAUAUUCGCACUUGCAGUCCCAAUAUCAAACUACAGGCAGUGUUAACGAUUAUACGAAAGAUCUAGAAAACUACAGAUAUAUAAAAUCAAGAGUAACUGAAACUGAGACUGAAUUUAUUCGAAUUUCUGAGAAAUCCAGGGAAAGAAAAUAUAGGUCUCCAUCGCCUAGUAGAUAUAGAAGAUCCCGCAGCAGAGAUAGGGACCGCUAUGGUAGAAAACGAAGUGUAGAUAAAAAGAGACGAUAUUCCCGAGAUAGGAGUCGUUCCAGAUCAAGUACCAGGUCCAGAUCACGUGGCCGAUCUAGAUACAGCCAAAGACGUAGAAGUAGAAGCCGCAGUUAUGAAUACAAACGACGACGAAGAUCUAGAACUAGAACGCCAUCUAGAGGACAUUCGAGAUACAGGAGUCCUUCAAUAAAAAGAUCAAAGAAGCCCACACCCUCUGAAAUACCAUCCGAGUCCGAAAGAGACCAACUCCUUUCGAAAUGGCGCAAGAACUACUGCUCAACCAAGCAACAACUCUCCGACAAACUGGAGGAGCUAGCUUCCAUGACUGUCGAAGAUAUUCUAGAAAACGAGAAAAACAUCUGGACGCGUUCGACACCAGCUGAACUGUAUUACCAGAGAGACCUGGAAAAGCCGACGGUAGUGAAUGCUACGCAGAAGCUCAAACAGCUGUGUGAUGAGUUUGAGGAGGGCUUGGUGACGAGGGCGAGGAAGGUGAACGCAAAGAAACCGAAGUAUGUGCCUCCUCCAAGGAAGAAUAGAGCUAGAUUAUGUAAACACAAAACUGAAGCUCAGAGCAGCUCCGAUAGUUCGGACGCGGAUAUAACCGACGAAGAAGACUGUACAAUGGAAGAACUACAAAGAAAGCAGCAGCAUCCUGACCGACUUCACCCGGAAAUGUGGUUUAAUGAGCCUGGCGAAAUGAACGACGGUCCCUUGUGCCGCUGCUCUUUAAAAUCCAAGAAGUCCGGCAUACGUCACGGUAUCUAUCCAGGCGAACAGCAUUUGCCACCGUGCGAGAUGGACUCGAAUAACGCCAACAGGUUGUUUCAUUACCGCAUCACGAUAUCUCCCCCGACGAACUUUUUGAUCAAGACUCCCACCAUCAUACAUUUCGAUGAGCACGAGUUCAUCUUUGAGGGAUUUUCCAUGUUUUCGCAUCAUCCUCUAGAAAAACUACCAAAUUGCAAGGUUAUCCGUUUUAAUAUUGAGUACACUAUUUUAUACAUAGAAGAAAGAAUACCCGAGAAUUUUACCGUGCGUGAGCUGGAAUUGUUCACCGAAUUUCUCUUCCACGAAAUCCUGGAACUGGUCGACUUAGACUUCAAAGCCGCUGGUGACAAAGAGGGUUGCUCCCAGUUCCAUUUCCUGCCGAGAUUCGUUCGAGAACUUCCAGAAAAAGGAAAAGAAAUUUUGUGCAUGAGCCAAGUACUGAAAUAUCUGUUGAACAGCUCAGUACCUCUGAUGAAAGCUGACGAUUUGGGUAAAAUGAUGGAGAUGACUCAGAACGAAUGGCAGAGUUACGCCGAUGAAAUUAAGGGUAUGGUAGUGACUUAUCCAGGAAAAAAACCUUGCUCUGUUAGAGUGGACCAGUUGGACCGAAACGUAGACGAACAGAUCGAAGGGAAUUAUACAUUUCCAGAGAUUGUUCACUUUGGAAUUAGACCUCCACAGCUCAGUUAUGCGGGAAAUCCGGAUUAUCAAAAAGCUUGGAGAGACUAUGUCAAAUUUCGCCAUCUACUGGCCAACAUGUCAAAACCCACCUACGAGGAUAAACGAAAGCUGGAAGCCAAAGAGAACAAGCUGCAAGAAAUGCGUACGCAAGGGAAGAUGAAGAGAGACGUGACUGUGGCUGUAUCGGCUGAGGGAUUUUACAGAACAGGAAUCAUGUGUGAUAUUAUUCAGCAUGCGAUGUUGAUUCCGGUACUAGUUUGCCAUCUGCGGUUUCACCACUCUCUAAACGUCCUGGAAGAGAAGGUUAAAUACAAAUUCAAGAACCGUGCCCUUCUCCAGCUAGCUCUAACCCAUCCGUCGUACAAAGAAAAUUUUGGUACCAAUCCAGAUCACGCCCGGAACAGUUUGACUAAUUGCGGGAUUCGACAACCUGAAUAUGGAGAUCGACGGAUACAUUAUAUGAACACCAGAAAGAGAGGAAUCAACACUCUUAUCAAUAUAAUGUCUCGUUUCGGCAAACAGCAAGAAACCGAAUCGAACAUUACCCACAACGAACGUCUGGAAUUCCUUGGUGACGCCGUAGUUGAAUUCCUGUCGUCCAUACAUCUCUUCUACUCCUUCCCAGACCUCGAAGAAGGAGGACUGGCGACUUACCGGGCUGCUAUAGUUCAAAACCAACAUCUGUCAGUGCUAGCGAAAAUACUCAACCUGGAUCAAUAUAUGCUCUACGCUCACGGAUCAGAUCUUUGCCAUGACUUGGAGCUGCGCCACGCCAUGGCUAAUUGCUUUGAAGCUCUCAUGGGAGCGUUGUUUUUGGACGGAAAAAUUGAAAUUGCAGAUAUGGUCUUCUCGGCAACAUAUUUCCACGACAAACCUGAACUCUUCGAAGUAUGGGCCAAUCUUCCGCCGCAUCCUCUGCAAGAGCAAGAACCCCUGGGGGACAGAAAGUGGAUAGAAAAGUUCGACAUCCUCCAGAACUUAGUGAAGUUUGAAGAGUCCAUCAACGUGGAGUUUAAGCAUAUUCGUCUAUUAGCUAGAGCGUUUACCGACAGAAGUGUAGGAUAUACUAAUCUAACGAUGGGAUCAAACCAGAGGUUGGAAUUUUUGGGAGAUACGGUGCUGCAGUUGAUAGCUUCUGAUUAUUUGUAUAAGUACUUCCCUGAGCAUCAUGAGGGUCACUUAUCCUUGCUGAGAAGCUCUCUGGUCAACAAUAGAACUCAAGCUGUGGUGUGCGAUGAUUUGGAUAUGGCCAAGUACGCCAUUUACAACAACCCGAAAGCCGAACUCAAAACUAAAGACCGAGCAGAUCUGCUUGAGGCGUUUAUAGGAGCUUUAUACGUGGAUCAGGGCAUGGAGUUCUGUGAAGUUUUCUGUCAAGUGACCCUAUUCCCGCGACUUCAAGAUUUCAUCAUGAACCAGGACUGGAACGAUCCCAAAUCGAAGCUACAACAAUGUUGUCUUACUUUGCGAACUAUGGACGGAGGGGAACCGGAUAUCCCAGUUUAUAAAGUCAUUGAAUGCAAAGGUCCUACGAACACUAGAGUUUACACAGUGGCAGUGUAUUUUCGAGGAAGAAGACUCGCCAGCGCCAUGGGUCACAGUAUACAACAAGCAGAAAUGAAUGCUGCCAAGAAUGCUCUAGAAAUAUCGCACGACCUCUUUCCUCAACUGGACCACCAAAAAAGAGUCAUUGCCAAGAGUAUGAAGAAACAGAAGAAAGGAAGAAGUGUUUCGAAGUCACGAUCUGAGCAGUCAGCACCCAAAUCACCGAAACGGUAUUCGAGAAGCAGGUUUAAAAGAUCUUCAUCGAUGUCUAGCUCCAGCGAAUGAGAUAUGAACGUAACAUAAGACUUGCAAGAAGCAGGAACCAAGUUUAGAAGAUCUUCGUUGAAGUCUAGCUCCAGCGAUUGAGAUCUGAACGUAACAGAAACUUUGGUCCUUGUUUCGAAAGCAUCAAACCUGCAGAAUGAUUUUAUUGCUUGGUAUGGGUUUUGCCUUUAUCCAGCACGUUUUUGGUACAGCUGCUGUAGUUGAACUAUUUGAAUAUUGUUCAGAAGCUAUUUUCUUGUGGCAUGUUAAUACAAUUUACUAUUUAGGUUGGGAAAAAUCCACGAUUUUACUUUAAAAUUCGAUUUCCACUUCGGAAAUCAUUCUCAAAAUACAAAAAAUUAACAAAAUAAACAAAUUUUGUUUUUGUUGCUUGGUAAAAAAAUCUUCUAAUAAUUUAAUCUGACUCAUUCAUAUUGACAAUUUAGACAUAUAUUAUACAUUUUAAAGUGGAUGACUUUAAAAUGAUAUGGUCAAUAUUUUAGGUUGCCUUCCUGGGACGACUUUAUUGGAAGAUAAUUCAUUCGAUUGUUUUUUUAAUAACUCCCAGUAUAUUUACAAUCUGUCACAUAUCAUAUAUAAUAUUAAAGGACAAAAAGUAAAUGAUCGGAUAUUUACAUUGGACAUGUAGGAAAUAUUUCCAGUGAAUUAUUUCCUUUACAUAAUUAACCUAUUUAUUUAAAACCGUUAUUUGUUUGUUAUUCUGAGUGCACUUAGUUAAACCUGCUUAUCAGGUCCGUUGGUUUAAAUUUUUUUAAGCGGCGCACUUCACCUAUGGUAUUAAAUAGAUCACUCGCGAGGGGGUUCACAUGCGUAUUCACUCUAUCCCGAUAUUUUUCACUAUGUCGUUUUAUUUCACUUUUGAUGGUGGGGACUUCUAAGUCUCUUUCUAUUGCUGUAUUUGGCACGUACCAGGGGGCAUUGACUAUUAUUCUUAAAACCUUAUUUUGGAACCUUUGAAGUAUUUCUAAGUUUGAAUGUGACGCUGUGCCCCAUAGCUGGAUUCCAUAUGUCCAGAUUGGUUUUAGAAUUGAUGUAUAUACAAGUAUUUUGUUUUGAAUGGUCAGUUUAGAUUUCCUGCCGAUAAUCCAGUAUAGUUGCUGCAGUCUAAGUCCUAGUUGUUUUCGCUUGUUGAAUAUAUGUGUCCGCCAUGUGAGGCGUUUGUCUAGGUGCAUGCGUAAGUAUUUCACACUAUCAGCUUGUGCUAAUUGGCUGUUAUUUAGUUUCACUGGUGGACACUGAUCUCUUUUCAUCGUGAAAGUAACCUGUAUUGAUUUGGAUUCAUUCGCUUUUACUUUCCACUUUUUUAGCCAUACUCCUAUUUUGUUCAAGUUUGUUUGUAGGUUUCUUUUAGCUCCUGUAGGAUUGUGAUGGGAGGCUAGUAUUGUUGUAUCAUCAGCAAAUGUUGAUACUGUUGUUUGUUCUGUAGUGGGAAUGUCUGCCGUGUACAAUAAAUAUAAUAUUGUACCCAAGGUACUACCCUGUGGUACUCCAGAUUCUAUGUGGUAGAUGUUAGUAUAUUCAGACUGCUGUUUUACUAAGAAAAAUCUGUUAGUUAUGUAUGAUUUUAAUAAUGGAUAGAAGUUGUGAGGUAAACCUUUUUUUAUUUUAUACAAUAGUCCAGGAUGCCACACCUUAUCAAAAGUUUGGCUAAUAUCUAUGAAUGCGGCUGAACAAUACCUUUUCUUUUCUAAGUCAUUGCUAAUUUGUUUAACGACUCUGUGGACUUGUUCUAUUGUGCCAUGUUUUGCUCUAAAGCCAAACUGAUGAUCUGGUAUGAGCUUUUUUUCCGUUAAUAUUGGCUGCAUUCGCUUGAGUAGAAGUUUCUCAAAUAUUUUUGAUAAGAUUGGCAAGAGACUGAUGGGUCUGUACGAGCAUAUUUCAUUAGGGUUUUUACCUGGUUUGGGAAGCAUUAUUAUUUCUGCUACUUUCCACUGAUUUGGAAAGUAGCUCAGCCUUAGCAUUGCGUUAAAAAUUUGUAGUAAUGCUGUUAUUCCUUUUCUAGUGAGUUUUUGCACUAUAAUGCCGGUUAUUAGGUCAUAGCCCGGUGCUUUUUUUGGUUUAAUUUGGUGUACAAUUACAUCUCUUAUUUCAUUGUAUUUAAAGUUGCUUAUGGGCUGUUCCAUUUGAAGAGGUGACUCCAGGUAGUUUUGUAUGUCGUCCAUGUCUUCUUGUGUACUCUCUACUUCAUUUGGUUUAAACACAUUUGAUAGGUGAAGUGCAAAUGCAUUGGCUUUUUCUUUGUCGUUUCUGGCCCAUUUCCCCUGUUGAUCUUUUAUAGGGGGAAUAUGUUGUUGUGGCCUGUUCAAUUUUCUUGUUGCUCUCCAGAGUGAGUAGUCUGUUGCUUCCGUUGGCGUUAGGUUUUCGAGGUAUGCCUGAACCGAGUCAUUUUUCAUCGUUAACAGAAGUUUUUUUAGGUCCUUACUUGCUUUAUUGAGGUUUUUCUUAUUUGCUGCUGUCCUUCUUUGCUGCCAUUUCUUGCGUAGUCUUCUCUUUUCAUCAAUUUGGCCUUUUAUUAUGAUUGGGUUUGCGUCGAUUUUAUCACUGUCUUUUUAUAUCGGAGUUGCGACCCAACCCGCAGUUUGAAUGGAAAUUGUUAGUUUUUUUAAUGCUACUUCUAUGUCCUCGGUUGUUUUAAGAGGAAUUUUGAGAUCUAUACAUGCAUCCACCCGUUCCUGGAAGGUGUCCCAAUUUGUUUUAUGAUUGCAUACUAUAAGUUUUUUUGGUCGCCCUACUAUUCCCUCAAGCAUGGUUAAGAGUAUUGGUGAAUGAUCAGAUGAUAGAUCAAAGCUUGACUGUAUUUUGAGUUGUUUAGUAUUAAUGCCUUUUGUUACGAAAAAAUCUAUGGCAUCUGGUGUUUUCUGUGGAUCACUGGGCCAGUAUGUGGGUUCUCCUCUGGCGAAGUGCUUUAAGUUACUGUGAUUUAUAGUUUGAAGUAAUUCUCUACCUUUCGUAGUUAUUAGUCUGGAGCCCCAGGCUUUGUGUUUGGUAUUAUAGUCUCCUCCUGCUAUGAAUCUGUUUCCAAGCGUUUCGAAGAAAUUAGAGUAUUCUUGUUUUUUAUUGUUAUGUUUUGGAGGACAAUAGACUGCAGAAACUUUUAGAAUACCGCUUCCAGUAUUUAGAGCAACUGUUGUUGCUUGCAGGUGAUCUUUCGCAUAGUUUGUUUCUUCGUUGUGGUUUAUAUUGCUGCGAAUUAUAAUUGCAGUUCCACCAUGGGCUGCUCCAUCUGGGUGAUUUGUUUGGUAGAUAUUAUAUUUUGCGAUUUUCAUGUAAGACUUUUUAGUAAAAUGCGUCUCUGCUAGUAACAUGAUGUCUAUUUUGUUUUCUUUGAGAAACGUCAUUCGAUUAUAUGAAAUCAACUUUAACUUAAGAAUACCUGUCAGAAAAAUCAUAGUAUCUGAUUUGUCUUAAACACAACCACAUGUAAUGAUGACAGUAAAAUUCUCCGGUUAGUGAUUUUAUAGUAAGUCAUGAAGACAAAUCCAAGAAAAAGCUCAGGAUACUAUUCCGACAUGUUAAGUAUUUGGUCUUAUAUUUAGUUUACUCUGAAUAUUAACACCAAAUUCUGAGUUUUAUGUGUAUGUUAUUUUAAAACAUACGUGUAUCCUUGGCUUUGUUAUUUGCUUAAUAAUAGUGGUAUUUUUUGUGUAUUAAUUUCCUCUUUUAAUAUGGGUAACCAUACCCUACUGCAUUCUGCCGAGGAAUUUGCAACGCAAUUGGUUUCAUUUAGCAUAAUUAGAGCCGCUUAUUUGAUUUUUCUCCUUUUACUAUCUGUUUCUUUCAGGACUAUAGGUACUUGAAUCUUUCCAUUUAACUCUAUGUUCAGUUCCCCAUGCGUCUUUACAUAUUUGAGAUAUAUCAAAUUAUCUAUUAAUGAUGUAAGAUCGAAGUUUACUUAUUCGUCAUAUAUGAUCAUUAUUUAGUGCUCUUGAUGUUUCACGUUAAUAAAAAUGUUCGCAUUCAAACGGUAUUUUAUAAAUAAAAUUCUUUGUUCUUUCUUGUUCAUUGUUAGGUUUAGUUUUAAAUAACAUACUAAAAUCUAGUAGUCCAUAGAUCCAUAGUACUACUUUAGAAGAAUUUUUUACCAAAUAACAAAAACAGUCUGUUUAAUUUAUCAAUAUUUUGUAUUUUGAGAACGAUUUCCUAAGUGGAAAUCGAAACGCCAAAUAAAGUUAAUUUUAAAGUAAAAUUGCUGCUCUUAUUCCCAAUAAGGAAUAGCAAAUUGAACUCCCUAGUUGAUCUAGUUAUUUAUGUACCAACUCAUUAAAGUGACUAUUUAUCGAACGGGUCUGACAUUACGAGCAGAGCGAGCGAAGCGAGCGAGACGAGUAACAGACGAGUUCGAUAGUCUUUACUGACACGGUGCAUAUAAAAUUUUAUCGCCAACCAUAAAAACAUUAACAAAUAGUCAUAUUAUUUCGUUUAAUCUAUUUAUUGCACAAACUUUAUUUAUAAAAAUUUCAUAUGACAGUGAUGACAGAUGACUUUUGCACGAUGACCGCUUUCGAAUUUUAGUCGAUAGUUAUCAAUAUUGAAUAAUUACCAAAUCGAUAAAGUUUUGAUUUAUUUUAUAUGAACAUAAAUACAAAAUACUACAGAAUUUCACUUUUUGACAUAAAUUUAAUUAAUAAUAACGUAAAUUUUGAACAAUAUUUUUUAUAAUUAAAGUAAAUAAAUUUUAAGUUCACUCAAACAAUCGAUUACUGCCAUCGACUACUUACAUUCAAUCUCUUUUAACUUGAUCCAUAUUUUUGCUACAGGUAAAGUUCUUCUCUUUUCAGUAUAAUAAAGUGUUACUUUACUGCCGCAAAUGAGUACAAUAAUGAAUGACUUUAGUGACGGUUGGCGAUAAAAAUAUUUUACCAACGAUGGAGAACAAAUUUUUUAAUCAGUAUAUAUAGGCUAUUGACUAUAUUCAAAAUAAGACAGCUAAAAGGAACUACAACGUUAACGGGGUUUUAUUAUUUCAUAUGGUCAAUGGACAUCUAUAUAUGAAAAAACCGCGGAGUGCUACCAUUUAAAGGGGUGCGUUUUUGAGAUAUGGGUGAAUUAGUUCCUUGGCACAGGUUACAUUAGGGUGAGUUCUAUGCACUUUUGGUACAAACAUAUCUACAUAAAAAUUGUUCCUGGUUAAAUUUCCUAUCUAAAUAUCACUUUUUAAAGUCAAUGAUACUUUUUUUUACAAAAAUAUGUUCAAAAGAAAAAGCACAAAGAAACCAAAAAGAAAGAAAUUUUGUUUUUUGUCCCAUAACUUUUGUCCACGAGGAUAUAGGUAUAGACAUUGCUUUACAGAUAAAAAACCUACAUAUUUCUUCUUUCAAAUUUUGUUUAGUAGAGGUAAUUAUGAUUUAUAGUUUUCGAAAUAUGAUUUUUCAAAGUUCGCCACUCACAGCAAUUCUGGGCAAUUUUCCUUGUUAGUUCGCAAAUAUUGUUCUGUAACUUUUUUCUACGUAACUUUAGGUACAGUAGGAAAAAUGAAAGAAUACCCAUGAACUAACCUAUAAAACACGCUGUAUUUUUCUUUCACCGUGUCACACAAAAAAUUGGCCAGCGCAGUUACAUGUAAUAAUUAUUAUUACAUGUACUUGCACUGGGCAAUUUUCUUUGUGACACGGUGACAGGAAAAUACACGUGUUUUAUAUGUUCGUUCAUGGGUAUUCUUUCAUUUUUCCGACUGUAUAUGCGAUGAAACACGUAAUAUGAAUAAAUAUCAAUUACCUUUAAAAUGGGCUACUGUAUAACGUUGUACGACUUUUUUUUAAAGAGAUUAUGGUUUUUCAAGGUUUUAUACUUUUAACGAUUUUUUGUAAUAUAAUAUAAAAACAAAAUAAUAUUGUAUAAUAUAUUAUAUAUUAUGUAAUAUUAUAUUAUAUAUUAUAUAUUAUAUUUUAUAUAUUAUAUAUUAUAUAAUACGUAAUAUAAAAAAAAAUAUUAUUUUUUACGAUUAUUUUUGAAUGAGAUAUUAUUUUUCAAAAUGUAAUAAGUACUUGCCACGAUUUUUGAUUUUAGGAUUAUUUUUUAAAUUUCUCAUUAUAACUUUUUUUUCUUGUACAUGAAUAUACUAUAUAUUGCUCAAUAAAGAGGGCUUACUUUGUGUUCUUUAAAAUGGUGUAUCAUCUAUAUUUAAAUAAUGAAAACCGAGUGAUUCUUUGAUAUUUUUUUACCUGUAUUAUUUAAAAUUAUUUCUAUUACAAAAAUUACAUAAACAUUAGGUCGGUCUUGACGGUCCAGUUAGCUGGGGCUCAGUCGAUCGACAAGUUUAGUGGAUUUGCGAUUUGCGGUCGCUGGUUCGAGCCUCAGCUAGGUCAUGAAAUUUAUAAAAGGCCAACGCCGUAGUAUAAAACUCAAUAGAGUCUACGGCUUGGUCUGGAAUAAACUGGCCUCUGAUCGGCCUAUGGGGGAGCGGUACGGGAAGGGAUAAGGGCUUCCGGCUUGGUGAUACUCCUCCAUAGAUCCCUACCGAAGGGCGUUGACGCCUAAGAACGGUGUAUACAUACAUACAUAAACAUUAGUCGUAGAAAAAAUCACUUUAGUUAAAAAUUUUUAAACGUUGACAUUUAAAAAAUUUUCAAAAUCAAAGUCCAUCUCUUCGUUAGCAUUAGCUUCAAUAUCUUCCUCUGAUACCUCAGUUAUCUAGAGUUUCCACAAUUAGUACCAAUGCACAUGCACCCUUUGCAGAAUCUUGAACUACUAAUUCCUAUCUUCCUACAACCGCAGUUUUUUGUACAUCCUUUGGUACAUUUACAUGCUAUUUUUUUAAGCAAAGCUUGUGCAGGUGCAGGAGCUUUGACAGUAAAUAUUGGAAUUAAUCCAUAUUUUGAAGUUUGCCCGGCCGAGUCAAGUGGAUCCAAAGUAUUACCUAUCAAAAAUAAGAUUCAAUCAUAACAUACACUCACAUAAAAAAGUUAUAAUGAGGAAUUUAAAAAAUAAUCCUAAAAUCAAAAAUCGUUGCAAGUAUUUAUUACAUUUUGAAAAAGCAUACCUUAUUCAAAAAUAAUCCUAGAAUUUUUUAUAAUACACCAUUUUAAAGUAAACAGAAUAAGCUUUCUUUUUUAUUAUAUAAUAUAUACCUAAAUGUAGAAAAAAAGUUAUAAUGGGAAAUUUAAAAAAUAAUCGUAAAAAAUAUAAAAACUCGUUAAAAGUAUAAAGUCUUGGAAAAGAUAACCUCUUUAAAGGAAGUCUUACAACAUUAUACAGUAGAAAAUUUUAAAGGUAAUUAAUUUCUACUCAUCUUGCAUGUACCAUUGCAUAUGCCUAAAGUUACGUAGAAAAAAGUUACAGGACAAUAUUUGCAAAAUAACAAGGAAAAUUGCCCAAAAUUGCUGUGAGUGGCUAACUUCGAGAAAUCAUAUUUCGAAAACUGUAAAUCCUAAUGACCUCUACCAAACAUCAUUUUAAAGACAAAAUAUGUAAGUUUUUUUUCUGUGAAGCAAUGUCUAUACCUAUAUCCCCGUGGACAAAAGUUAUGGAACAAAAAACAAAAUUUAUUUCUUUUGGGUGUCUUUGUGCUUUUUCUUUUGAAUAUAUUUUUGUAAAAAAAGUAUCUUUGACUUCAAAAAGUUAUAUUUAGAUAGGAAAUUUAACCAGGAACAAUUUUUAUUUAGACAUGUUUGUACCAAAAGUGCAUAGAACUCACCCUCAUGUAGCCGGUGCCCAGGGACUAAUUCUCCCAUUUCUCAAAAACGCACCCCUUUAAAUGGUAGCACUCCGCGGUUUUUUCAUAUACAGAGAUUCAUUGACGAUAAUAAAACCCCGUUAACGUUGUAGUUCCUUUCUACAGUACAUAAUCAAUAGCCUAAUAGGCUUGUUGGAUCCUUGAAAGCAGUAACCCUAUUUAAAUAAAACCUAGAAGUAAUUUUGACACCAUUUCAAAUUGAGAAACGUUAAAAAAAUUAUGCAGAUUCAAUUUUGUUACCCAACGUUAAUUGUUUAAUUAUACGUGAAAUCGCGAAAACGCUUUUUUACCUAACGUAGAUGACAGAAAUAUACGUUAAAAGGUACUAUAAAUAAAAAUAACAGUGUGUUUUUACGUUUAUCUGAAAAUGAAAGAUCUGUCUGUUAAUGAUUCCUUUUAAGUUUCUUUUCAGUGCAAAUUAAUGAAAAUUUGUUCAUUUAUGUUUUAAUUACUCCAUACUUGGUAUACGCCCGUAAUACGCUUAAACUCUAACGUAAACAACGUCUUUAACUCAUGACAGAUGACAAAAAUAGACUUGAAAAAUGUUAUAAAAUGAAGGUAAAAGUUUGUAUGUACGUUCAUUUAGAAGUAUGAUCUGUUUGUUCAUGGUUCCUUUGGGUUUCUUUCUUUCUUUUUAGUCCAAAUGACUGAAAAUUGGAAUAAAUUUGUUUUUAGUGGAAAUGGAUGAACAUCCGUUGAUUUGAUAAUCAAGAUCAUCCAUCAAAUAUUAACAAAUUUGUUAACUUAUCAAGAAUAUAUGUUCCACUGGAUGUAUAAUUUAGUUUUUGCUAGUAGAAAACUCUGUUAGAUAUUGUGUAUAUUGGUGCCACUGUAGUGGCAAUUAAUUUUUAUUAUUUCAGUAAAGCAACCAUUGUUUAUGCCAUUAUUAUAUAUUUUAUUAAAACAAAAUCAAUGGAAAAUUCCCAAUAGCUGGCUGUAUACCAUAAUUAAAAAUCAUACAGAACAAGUAAAAACUUCGUCUGUAUAAUGGUAUAAAAAGUUUAUUGAAGAACUAUUAAAAAGUCAUCCAAAAGGAUUCUCAAAACGUUCUCGAUCUAGAUCAGAUCAUCUUCAGUGCGUUCUACUUAGUAGAUGAAACUAGUAACCUUAUAGAAUAGAUGACAUCGAGAGAUAUGAUUUACAUUUCGAUUUUUUUUUUCGAAUUGUAAAUCAUAUUUCUCGAUGUCUCCUAUUCUAUAAGGUUGCUAGUUUAAUCUACUAAGCAGAACGCACUGAAGGUGAUCUGAUCUAGAUCGAAAACGUUUUGCGAAUCCUUUUGGAUGCCUUUUUAAUAGUUUUUCAAUAAACUUUUUAUACCAUUAUACAAACGAAGUUUUUACUUGUUCUGUAUGAUAUAUUUUAUUGUUUUAUUUAAUUCUUUUAGUACCACAAACGGGUAUUAUGCUUCUUUUCAUGAGCAUUUUUCAGUGCGUCACAAAUGAUAGAAAAAAAGGUAAGUCCGUGAUAAUAUACAUUUUAGUGACAUGACAUAUUAGUUAAAUCUGACAGUUGUCACAUUUUAUAUGCAAUUUGGCAUUACAUCAAAUCAAUUGUGUUUAUUGCAUUUAUAAAAUGGUAUUUUCUUUGAUUUGUAUAGUCUUAUAAAUUGAACAGAUUAUAUUCGUAGAUAUAUUAUAUAAUUUUUUUUCGAUUAUAGCGCCAUCUAUUGACAACUAGAAUAAAUGUUAUAAAUAUCACCGACGAAAUGUAAUCACCGACGUGCGUUUUAUUCUGUCACAUGCAAUUUAAUGCGUUAGAAAGAAAUCGAAAAACUGUGACGCACUGAAAGAUCCUCAUGAGAAAAAGCAUACUCGGGUAUUUUUGGGCUCGUUUCCUUUUAAGUUUCUUUUUAGUGCAAAUUAAUGAAAAUUUGUUCAUUUAUGUUUUAAGUACUCCAUACUUGGUAUACGCCCGUAAACGCUUAAACGCUGACGUAGAAAACGUCUUUAACUUAUGACAUAUGACAAAAAUAGACUUGAAAAAUGUUAUAAAAUGAAGGUAAAAGUUUGUAUGUGCGUUCAUUUACAAAAAUGAUCUUUUUGUUCAUGGUUCCUUUGGGUUUCUUUAUUUCUUUUUAGUCCAAAUGACUGAAAAUUGGAAUAAAUUUGUUUUUAGUGGAAAUGGAUGAACAUCCGUUGAUUUGAUAAUCAAGAUUAUCCAUCAAAUAUUAACAAAUUUGUUAACUUAUCCAAUUUGCAUCUUGCUGAAUAUUUUAUUUCAAGAAUACAAUGUUCCACUGGAUUUAUAAUUUAGCUUUUACUAGUAGAAACUCUGUUAGAUAUUGUGUAUAUUGCUGCCACUAUAGUGCAAUUAAUUUUAAUUACUCCAAUAAAGUAACAAUUGUUUAUGCCAUUAUUAUAUAUUUUAUUGUUUUAUCUAAUUCUUUUAGUAUCACAAAGGGGUACUACUCGGCAGUGGUGUCAUGGUGCCGGAACGCACCGGAACGCCGUUCCGGCACUGGUUAAGAGAAGAAAAAAAAAUAAAUGAAAAAUUUAGGUUUUGUAAAUAAAACGCAAUAUAGAAAACGCUAUCUAUAUUUCGAUACAGUACAAUGAUUCACCCAACGAUUCACUCCGCCCUCCGGGUGAAUCGUUGUAGGCCUACUACUGCCUAGUGCACGAAAACCAGAGUGUACGGCCACGACCACUUUUUUGACCUGUUAGAAUUGAAAAGAAUGAACAAUGUUGAUAUUGGAAUCGGGCUACACUCUAGAAAUACUGAUGCAGAAAUAAUUGCAGAGUCAACAGCUGUAGGCUCAAAAUCUAAUCUAAUAAUGUAUUUAAAAUGUGAGUUCAGCAAAGAGUAGAAUCCUCAUUUUUGUUCUUAGAGUUGAUUGAACUGAGCAGUCAAACAUCUCAGGUAAUUGUUGAAAGUUUGCUAAGCUGUUUGAAAAUAAGCGGAUUUGAUGAUGAUUACUUGAAAGAAAAUUUUGUUUCAUUUGCAAGUGAUGUGCCAGCAUCAUGUUGGGUAAAAAAUCAGGUAUAGCUGAGAGAUUGCUUGAGAUGUACCCAGAUAUUUGGCAUUGCAUGAAUCAUAGACUAAAAGCUAGCCUUAAGUCAUGCAGUUGAUGAAGUUGGGUCCGUAAAUCAUUUUCAAAUAUUUAUGGAUAAUAAAAUAUAUACUCCAUCUACAGAAGUCACCGAAAGACCAGCGUGAACUCUUCAAGUGUGCCACAAACCUGGAACAACUCCAAAAACUUGGAAAAGUUUUGGGACUCGAUGGGUUGCAAGUUCUUAUCGUGCAGUUUCGGCUGUAUGGUAUGGUUACUCUGCCAUUUACAACCACUUUGAAAAGGCGAAGACAGACAAGAACAGAAGUUCCACUGAAAGAUCUAUGUACUGUGCCCUAUCAAGGCAAUUUUCAUCAUUACAGUUUCUGUUAAAUUUAGCCAUUAUGUAUGACAUUUUGGCGGAACUUUCGAUGCUUUCAGAGACUUUGCAAAACAGAGAAACUACGGAACUUUCGAUGCUUUCAGAGACUUUGCAAAACAGAGAAACUACUGUUGUUUAUGCUGAUAAAUUGAUCAGAAGCAUUGAAUUUUUUGAAACUCUGAAAGAAAAGCCUGGAACCAAGAGCCUUGAGGCUUACAUUGCUGAGAAGGACGGUAAUUUCAACAAUGUCCCCAUUACAAACAAUCCAAAAAUUGCGACUAUCAACUACAAACAACUGAUAACAAGUGUGAUAAACAAUUUAACUAGAAGAAUGUUUACUACUUAAUCCAGUCAUGAGUCAACAUCAAGCGCCUCUUCGAACUGUAAGCAACAAUAUGAUUCUCUUCUGUCUGAUUUAAAAAUACUGUAAAAAAGUUAAGGAAAGUGCGUUCCGUGCUAAUUUUGCCAUGACACCACUGCUACUCAGGGGUUUUUGGGGUCGUUGAACAUGAAUAUUAUGAUGGCGAUGGUCUCCCAGGUACCUGGUAGCCAGGAUGGUCAUCGUCUACUGGAGUUUUAUGGAAAUACGAUACAAAAUCGGUGGAAAGUCGUUGCUCGGGAGAGUUUGCGACUGCUGAACACGAAUGUGAUGACGUAGCCCUAUCCGAAGAGAAUUUCACUGAAACUACACCACCAAAAAGAUCUCAAUAAAAAUUCCUAUUUAAUAAAAAAAUACAAUCAAUAUUAUUAUAAUGCUACGACUUAAAUUAACUGAAGUAUGUAUUCAGGAGAGAAGUAGAGGAGUUAGGCAGGGAUGUAUUAUGUCUCCAUUACUAUUUUAUGUAUUUAGUGAAGCCAUUUUUGAAGAAGCAUUACUAUUUCUAAGUGAAGGAAUAAUAAUUAACGGAAGAUCUAUUAACAACAUAAGAUAUGCAGAUGACAUAAUGAUAAAUAAAGUGCAGGGCACUCGUGAGCAGUUCACGAGAUUUUGUCUUGGCACCAGCGAGGGUACUCGUGUCCACAAUUGUGUGUACGUGGCACUUAACCUAUUAAUUAUAGUUAUUAGCGGUUAUCUUGUCUUAUUUACCGCUGAUAUAUGGAUCAUGUUUGUGGCGCCGACAGUACUUCUCUGUUUUAAUCAAAGAAAUCAAACUAAUGGAAGUGGUACUUGUCAAAUUUUUUGAAGCCUUUACUUUGCCCCUAUUUGCAAUACAGAUUUCUUUCGUGGCGUAGAUAUUAAUCAUUCAGCCAAUCGCAAUAAUCAGAUUAUAAUGUAAUGUGUAGUGUGUGUUGAGAAAAUGUCUUGUUACUUAGUAAAGUCGACUUCAUUGUCUUUACAAAAGAGACGCUUAUUGUAUCCGAACGUCUGCGGUCAGGUGAGUGCCGAUCACACAAGGAUAGAAAUUAUUUUUAUUUAUUAAAUUUUUAAUAAAAACGAAUUUUUCACCCAGCGGGGUUUCGAACUCACAACUCUUGGAUCCAAAAGUUGGCUUUCUUACCACUGAACCACAGAGAUGGUAAGAAGAACAAUUAUUGAUUUGCCUAAUGGUAAAUUUUUGCAAUGCUUACGGCUUACAGUCGUUGUAACCGGUUUAAAAUGCUUGUGUUUCUUUUCACAGGUAAUAAACCUUUUAUAUUUACCGUGUUAUUUUAAAUUAAUAACUUGUCCUGCUAUAGUUUCCCACUGAAGAUGCAGAACUUUUAAAAGUUUGUGUUACUGCAACAAAAAUAAAUUAAUUCUUUCCUCAAUGCAAAUGGCGGACUUAGCUUCACUUAAUCUGUAUCUUUUAGAUAGGAGUUGUUUAUUUAUUGGUUUAAUCUCUGGUUAUUUCAAAUUUACAUCAGGUUUGUUCCAACCCAUCACAAAUACCGUUCUUGAAUGGUUACGAGUAUGCGCAGUAACGAAAAAUGUGUUACUACUCGUAAUCAUUCAAGAACGGUAAUGUGACGGAUUGGAACAAACCUAUCGACUUUGACAGUUUUGAGGUGAACAUCGACAUUUUACUUUGACAUAUGGUUUUGACUUUGACAUUUGACUUUGACAUUUGACUUCGACAUUUGACUUUGCCAUUUGCCUGUAGCAUUUCUCUUCCAAAACAUUUUAUUCUAAAUAGAAAAUUUUAUAGAUUAAUUUUUUUUUUGUUUUUUCCUCUUUUUAUUCGAGGUUUUUCACAUUAUGUUCUUUAUCGUGUAAAACAUGAUUUUAUGAUUGCAAUUAUGUUGUUAAAUUAGCAACAAUUUCGAUAUGAAUACAGUCGCAUCUAAGUAGAAAAUAUGGCCCAUCCUUAUUUUUAGAUCUUGUUGUUUUUAUCAAAAAAUUGCUGUGAUUUCAUGUAAUUAAAAUAAUAAUAAAUUGUUUCUUUAUA